CAUGGGUACACGGAGGAAGCAAGAAAAAAACCGCUUCCUGAAAUGCUACUUGUCAUGACUGCGUCUGUUUGCCUCUCUAGCGCGUACCCUUGUCUUUCAUUAUCCUUUUGUUUUUAUUUUGUUUCUUUUUAACCGCGAGUCGAUGCCGACGAUGAUUAGCAAAGUGAAAAGCGCUAUGAACACGCUAGUGGGAGGGAUGAUGCCCCACGGCCACCACCACCAUCACCACCACCACCAUCACAACCAUCACGCAGCAGGCUCACAGCCCGGAGGAGCGGACGGCCUGCCGCCUCGCUUCCCUUACGGCCGCCCGGACUUCUUGGAGCUCACCCCGGAGCUGCUGCAGUACUCCACGGAGCACGCAUCGCGUCCGGUGCUGACGCUGAAGAGGGGCAGCAGGCUCCCCUGGCACACAGGAUACGCUGAGGUGAUCAACGCGGGAAAGAGCAUGUUGAAUGAGGACCAGGCCUCCUGCGAGAAACUGUUUGUGAGGAAGCCGAGCGGCAAACAUCGCAACUCUACUCUGCUGGAGGACAACGGGGAUGGCACGGGAAUCCCACUUUUCUUCUGGGGGGUCUUCGAUGGACAUGCCGGCUCCGGUGCAGCCAUCAUGGCCUCCAAGCUUCUUCACCGUCUCAUCAGGGACCGUCUGGGUGAAAUAUACCACUUGCUGAAAAACCACGGCAACCCGCCUCCCAUCUGCUUAGCUAAAAACGGCAGCCCUUACCAGGUUGAAACCAAGAAGGGGACAGUGCAGGAACCGGAGGAACCCGAUGCCGUCAGCGACUCCGCUAUGCGUUUUCACAUGGAGAAGGUGGUCAGUCUGGAGAGCCUCGUGAUGGGCGUCAUUGAGACUGCCUUCAAGCAGAUGGAUGACCUGAUAGAAAAUGAGAAAGCAUCCUAUACCAUCUCUGGUGGCUGUUGUGCCUUAGCUGCCAUUCAUAUGAUGGGCAAACUCUAUGUGGCCAAUGCUGGAGAUAGCAGAGCUAUAAUAAUCCGGAAUAAAGAAAUUAUUCCCAUGACGAAUGAGUUUACACCAGAGUCAGAGCGACAAAGGCUACAGUAUCUGGGAUUCCUGAGGCCGGAGCUCUUGGGCAAUGAAUUUACUCACAUGGAGUUCCCACGUAGGAUCCAGCACAGUGAGCUGGGCAAGAAGAUGCUCUACAGAGACCACACCAUGACUGGAUGGGCUUACAAGACAAUUGUGGAAGAUGAUCUGAAAUUUCCCCUCAUAUACGGAGAAGGUAAAAAGGCAAGAGUCAUGGCAACAAUCGGAGUGACUCGUGGGCUGGGAGACCACGAUCUGAAGGUGUACAACUCCAAUAUUUACAUUAAGCCUUUCCUGUCCUGUGUCCCUGAGGUACAGGUUUAUAACUUUGAUGACACCAAACACGGCCCAGAUGACGUCCUGGUUAUGGGAACAGACGGACUGUGGGACGUAACCACAGACAGGGACGUGGCGGAUGCCGUGUCGGCCUACUUGUCCUGCUGUGACCCUUCUGACCCCAUGAGGUACACGCUAGCAGCGCAGGACUUGCUGAUGCGGUCUAGGGGAGUCCUAAAAGAACGUGGCUGGCGGCUUCCCAACGAAAGACUGGGCUCAGGCGAUGACAUUACUGUGUUUGUCAUCCCUCUGGCUGGACAUGAGGCGGAGACAUGACCAAAAGGGACUUGUUAAAACCAGCUAGACUACACUAGCUGGCCACAAGAAGACUCGGAUCCGAGCAGCAGCACCUUCAUCAACCUUUAGAUACGGACCCAGAUCUUUUCACCUUGACCUCAAACCCGGCACCCAAACUCCAGGACAGGAGAGUCUGUCAGUUAGUCUCCUCCCUGGCGAUGGUUAUUAGUGAGAUUGUGAAGUACUUCCUGUUUAUGUUGAAGGCUGGGCAGCAACUAACAUUGACUGUGCAUCCUCAUGCCUAAAAUGUGACUCCUUUUUGUAUAAAACAGCCUCUCUGUAGCACUCGCUCGAUGUCGUAAAGAAUGUGAGGAAACCAAAGAGAUGCCUUCAUGGCAGCAGGAUGGAAUGAAAACAUAAGCAAAAUAAAAGAGUAUGGAUUUUAAGUGAUGUAAGUCAAAUGGACCUUUUUGCACGCCACAUUAUCAUCUGUCUGUGGGGGUGGGACAAUACGCCAUAAUCACUGUUCCGUAUGUAAGUCUAAAUAUAUAUAAUAAUUUCUUUUUAGGAAAGUAUUGAAGCAGGCAAGUGUAGCAGUAAUUGUUCGAACAGUCUGAAUUAUUUUAUUUUUAUUAGAUGAAAGUUUAUUAUUAGCUGAAGUGAUGCAAGAAUUGUUCCAGAUUGUACCCCCGUUUCCCAUCCCAUCUCGACUACACUGUUUUUGUCUUAUCCAAUCAUUUGUGUACUUUUGCACUUCCUGUCCCUUAAAGGGAUAGUUCAGAUUUUUUGAUGUGUACCAUGUGGGAACUCAGUAAGCGUCAGUACUGUCUCCGAAAAACCCAAGUACCAUUACACCCCUAUCCGUCUGUAUUCUUCUUUGUUAGCAAUGAGAGAAGGACGGACUAUAGGAAUGUUAUAUUUUGUUUUUACAAGUUCAUACAUAAAAAGCAUGGAUCUCACUGGAGAACAACCUCGGUAUAAGUUGUGAUAAUUCGCCCACAUAUGCCUUACCGAAUAAAAGAUGACAUGUUUGUAUUAUCACAUGAUUGAUUGAGGAUUUUGCCCUUAAAUGUUGUGUAUACCUCUCUUUGUUUACUGUUUUCAUGUUAUUUAGUUUAUCCAUAUAUUUUUUUACAAGCAUAUGGGAAAUGUUGUUUAUAUUUUUUCGUCCAUAAGUGCUUGUUUAGAAAGGUUAUGUAUAUACAGUAUAUGUAUAUAUAUAUAUAUAUAUAUAUGUAUAUAGGACAAGGGUUACUAAAAGUGUUCCACAUCAGAAAUA